AUGCUGCCCGUGCUGCCAUCUAAUAGCACUCUAAUUGGAAGUUCGUCAGUUCAGCGUGUGGAACGUAAAACACCCAGUAUGAUUUUUCGCAUUGAACAUUUGUUGCCAAGUUCUGCUGCUCCUGCCACUGCUCGGGAGAACCGAUCUGCUCCACCAAUAUUAUCAGCCUCUACCAUGUCCCGAAGCAAGAAUUCAGGAGUUCUGGCAGCGGAGACUGUGCUAAAGGAUACCUGCACAAAACACAUCUCUUCCUUGACUCUUAUGGCUUUGAAUGGAAUCAUCCCAAAUGGAACGGAUUUCUGCAAAGUCCUCGAGGGAAAUUUAUCGAGUAUCAUGGAGCAUGAUUGUUCAUGGCUGAGAAGAAUCAAACUCUCCGAGGAUGUUCACAGUUACAACGUUGUCUUCGAGGUGAAUCGGGAUAUUAACAGCUCUAUACGCCUUCGAGCCAUCAAAGAUAUUCAAAAGGGAGAAGAACUCGUCGCAUGGUUCUCCGAGGAGUUGGCCAUUCUAAUGUCAAUUCCAUUCCUCACUCCGAGCAAUAUUGAAGGAAAUAAACGAUACACUUGUCAUUUGUGUGGGUUAUCUUUUGAAACUCCAAAUCCUCUAAAAAUUCAUAUUGCCUUAGCGUGUGGACGCCAUUCGUUGGACAUUUUGUGGAUUCGCCUGCAUUAUGCCAUGAAAGCAUCGAUGUUUGAUCAAUUGUCGACAGCUGCUCCAUGUCCAGCUACCAUGACAUUUCCCACUUCAACAACAUCUCGAUUGUCAGCUUUCAAGCCACCAAUGAGCUCGUCAGGGUCAAUGCCUUCAGCUUCGUCAGUAGCAUUUAAUCAACCUAGAAUGUUUAUUCAACCAAGGGGUAGUCCGCAUCAUCAACCCCCACAUCAUUCGCCACCUCCACCACCACCACAAAAUCUGAUACAGCCACCAAUAAAUCCGAUGGAAGCUGCUGCCCAAAUUGAGGCUAUAGUGAGUAAUAUGGGAACUUCGAAACAGGGACAUCUCUGCAUUUACUGCGGCAAGGUCUAUUCCCGGAAAUAUGGAUUGAAGAUUCAUAUUCGAACGCACACUGGAUUUAAACCACUCAAGUGUAAGUUCUGUUUGAGGCCGUUCGGUGAUCCGUCUAAUCUGAACAAACACGUCAGGUUACAUUUGCAACCAGGAACUUCAGCUUACAAAUGUCAUUUGUGUAAUAAGACUUUGGCCAGACGGCGGGAUUUACAGAGACACAUGGAGAACAGACACUCUAAUGAACAUAACCUGAAAAUGGAGACAAACUGA